AGCUCCGCCUCCAAGUCGUUGUGGAAGAAAGGAUCACAGUCGGGAGUCUGCAUUAAAAUGCGAUAAACAAGCAUCAGUAUGCAUUUUAUAGACCACUGAGAAAGGAAAAUGCGCCCGCCAAGCUUAUAUGUAACAGGAUUUUAGGGCUGGGACUGUAAUGCGCCGUCCCGUUCUGCGCUCAGGAGCAACGUACAGCGCGUCAAAGAAAUCAGAUUUCUCAGGGCGACCUGUGUUUACACAGGAGCCAUCCAAAGCCACGUUUUAGCAAGCAAGCACGCAACUUGGUUGGGACAGUGCGGUGCAGGAGUGUUCAGCGUUUGACUUACUGCCCAUGCAAACAGUGGAGGAACAGAGCAGGGAAGCAAGCUGCAAAUACAUGACCAUAUAAGUGAAUUUAGUUGAAAUCCUUGAAGGAAAACUGUCCAUCGGAGAGAUUUUUGAGAUGUGGAUAACAUGAAGUGCUGCAGUUGAUCGACAGGGCGAGCACAUGUUGUGCAUGUAGCUAAUCGCUUCGUUGGAUGAACUUUCACUAUGGAUGUGUACAUGGAAACUGUUGCAAACUAACCACAACUACGCCCGGCCCUGGUUGCAGGGGGAUGGUACAUCGGCAUCACUUUUGAAAGUAAUCUUUAGUCCCACAUCGCUGUCAACAAGCUUCGGCCGAAAGUCUGCUGGGUCGACAUGAAGAAUCAGGAUGAGAGCGAGAACAGCCCGAAGUCAGACAGGAGGUUGGCUCUGACUUAUAUCGGCUGGUCUUCGCUGGACAGGCGGACCACCCUUCCCAUGCUGCCGUGGCUGGUGGCUGAGAUCCGCAGGAGGGCUGAGAAAGGCGACUGCGGCCCCAUGGUGCAGCCGAGAGAAGUUCAGCUGAUCCUCAACCCCCCCUUCGUCCGAUGUGUCCCCUCUAACAGCAACAACGAUUCAGUCUUUAUAUUCGAGCACAAAGCUCAGCUCAUCUCUCGCUUCAUCCACAACAGCAAUGACCUCACCUAUUUUGCCUAUCUCCUGCGGGGCCAGCCUGACAACCCUGAGUCCGAGAUGUCCUGUCACGUAUUUAAGGCCUGCGACCACAACCAGGUCCCUGAGGUGAUCAGCAGCAUUCGUCAAGUGUCCAAAUCAGCCCUAAAGGAAGACACCAAGCCCAAACAGGAAACUGACGAGGCCUUCUACAACUCCCAGAAGUUUGAAGUGCUUUACUGUGGCAAGGUGACAGUUUUGCACAAAAAGGCUCCAUCCACCCUCAUCGAUGACUGCAUCGAUAAGUUUCGCCAGCAUGAGGUCGAGCGCAAGCGCCUGCGACUGCUCAAUGGCCAGCGAGGGUCCACAGAGAGUGCCCCUGUGGAGUUCCUCAUGGGGGGAGAAGGAGACCCACUCUUCUCUGUUCUAAAUGAGAGUAUAGAAGACCCCGAAGGCCCUGGAGUGGAGGAUAUGACUGGAAGUGGAGAUAAAGACCUGUUUAGUAGUGCCAAUCAGAGCAGCCUGCGAGGAUCGUUCCCCGAGCGGAUCCUGGAGGAUUCUGGAUUUGAGGAGCCUCAGGGGUUUCGAACGCGCUGCAGCAGCCUGGCAGGGAGUAUGCAAAGGAAGCCAGGGGAAGGCGUCAUUAAGGGUCCCACACGCCGUAGACACUCUAGCGCACCAAACCAUGUUCAGCCGUCUGAUGCAGACAAGAACCGCACCAUGCUCUUCCAGGUCGGGCGUUUUGAAGUAAACCUCAUAAGUCCGGACAGUAAAACAGUGGUGCUGGAGAAGAACUUCAAAGAUAUAUCAUCCUGCUGUCAGGGUAUCAACCAAUCCGACCAUUUUGGAUUCAUCUGUCGGGACCAAUCAGAGUCUGGUCCCAGUCAGUAUGUGUGCUACGUUUUCCAGUGUGCCAGUGAGCCCUUGGUGGAUGAGGUGAUGCUGACCCUGAAGCAGGCCUUCACUACAGCUGCAGCCUUGCAGAGCAACAAGACCCAGAUCCAGCUAUGUGAAGCCUGCCCCAUGCAUGACCUGCACAAGCUCUGCGAGCGGAUUGAAGGUCUCUACCCACCCAGAGCAAAGCUAGCCAUCCAAAAAUAUCUCUCCCAGCUGAAUGAUAAUGAGCAGGCUGAGAUUUUUGAGCGAGUUCAGAGAUUGAAGCCCGGGUCAGACCAAGAGGAGAAUGAGCUGGUGAUUCUUCAUCUAAGACAACUCUGUGAAACCAAACAAAAGUCCCACCUUCACAUCGGAGAGACCCCUCAGAAUGCAGCAAACAGCUCAUCAGGAGAUGGCACAGCCACCAGCAGUCGCUUCAAACUUGAUAUUCUCAAAAAUAAAGCACGCACCUCCCUCACCAGCUCUCUGGAGAACAUAUUUGCAAGGGGUGCCAGCCGGAUGCGAGGCCGUUUGGGAAGCAUGGGAAGCAUUAGCAGUUUUGAAAGGCAGGAUGAGGAAUCUCCUGGUCAUUCCCCUCCAGGUUCCCCUCCUGCUUUUCCUGACGACGACCCGGAAGCCGGCCUGCACUUCCGUCGGCGUGCCCACACCUUCAGCCAUCCACCUGUGAAGAAACGCAUCUCCUUCGAGGGUCAGCCGGCCAACCAGAGCAAACAGGCUCCACUGCGCAGACAACAGUCUGUUAACCCAGAACUACUGCAGAGCAGUCCCCUGGCUGUCUCCAGAACGCGCAGCGUUUCGGAGAGCGAGUCCUCCUUCAGCCUCCCCUCCUCCUUCUCCACUCCCACUUUCCUGAAAAACAUUUACCAGGGCUCACUGGGCUCCCUGAGCUCCCUGGCAGACAGUGGGAGCCUCAAGAGCAAUGGGGAAGGCAGGAAGAGGACUCUGUCUGGCUGCAGCAGUGACUCAGUGAGUGGAGGUCUCCCUCCGACCCCACGCAGGGUCUCCUGGAGACAGAAGAUCUUCUUGAGGGUCGCUUCGCCCAUGAACAAGCCGUCUGCAUCCAUGCAGGACCCAGACCAUUCUGAUGGCAGGGAGUUGUUGCCCCUCUCUCCUCGUGCCUUUGACUCAAGUCUGGAUCCUUUGGGGCGUCUGCUGCCACUGGCAGGUGACCCCCUCUCUGGGGAGAGGCCUAAGAGGACGAGGGCUGACUACCGGGCCCUCUGGAAGACUGCCAUCCACCAGCAGAUCCUAUUGCUGCGCAUGGAAAAGGAGAACCAGAGACUGGAGGAAGCGAGCAGAGAUGAGCUGCACAUCCGCAAGAUGAAGCUGAAUUACCAGGAAGUGGGGCAGUGCUCCAAAGAAGCACAGGCAUUAUGGGAGAGAAAACUGACAGCCCCAGGCAGAACAACGGUCCCACAAGACAAGGAGGAGAUGUAUCGUGUACUCUGCCAAGGUGUUCCCAAGAGCAGGCGUGGGGAGGUCUGGUUGCUCCUUUCCCAUCAGCACCGGCUGCGUCACAGACUGCCCCAGCGUCAGCAAGCCCCGGACACCCCCUACCAUGACCUGCUCAAGCAGCUCACCGCACAGCAGCAUGCUAUUUUGGUGGAUCUAGGCCGGACCUUCCCCACCCACCAGUACUUCUCAGCCCAGCUGGGCGCAGGGCAGCUUUCCCUCUACAAUCUCCUGAAAGCCUAUUCUCUGCUGGAUACAGAGGUUGGCUACUGCCAGGGUAUCAGCUUUGUGGCUGGAGUGUUGCUGCUGCACAUGAGCGAAGAACAGGCCUUUGACAUGCUGAAGUUCCUUAUGUAUGACCUCGGCAUCAGGCAGCAGUACAGACCUGACAUGGUCUCUCUGCAGAUUCAGAUGUACCAGCUCUCCAGACUGUUACACGACUACCACCGCGAGUUGUACAAUCACUUCGAGGAGCACGAGAUCUGCCCGAGCCUCUAUGCAGCACCUUGGUUCCUCACUCUCUUUGCCUCACAGUUCCCCCUCAGCUUUGUGUCCCGCAUCUUUGAUUUUGUAUUUGUCCAAGGGACCGAGGUGAUCUUUAAAGUGGCCCUCUGUCUGCUGAGCAGCCAUGAGGGGGAGAUAGUGGAGUGUGACAGCUUUGAGAGCAUUGUAGAUUAUCUGAAAACUACACUUCCUGCCCUCUCUCAGACACAGAUGGAGCAAACCAUUGCGAAGGUUAUGGAGAUGGACAUCUCCAAGCAGCUGCAUGCAUACGAGGUGGAGUACCAUGUCCUGCAGGAUGAGAUGUUAGAUGCCGGGCCGCUGCCUGAUGACUCUGACCGGCUCGACAAACUAGAAAAGACAAAUGUGCAGCUGAAGAAACAGAACAUGGACCUGCUGGAAAAACUUCAGGCCGCGCGGCAGAAGAUUCAGACGCUGGAGACAAGCGUAGAGAGCUUCCUUUCUCGGGAGAGCAAAAUGAAGCACAUGAUUCGCUCUCUGGAGCAGGAGAGGGCAGCUUACCAGAAGACCAUUGAACGCAUGCGCUCAUGCCUUCCCCCUGACGCCCUGACAGAUGUGGAGAUGACCCAGAUCAAAACAGGACCCAACGGGAAAGCCAAAACUGCAGCCAAGAAGCCCUGAUGGCAACCAGGGGGCUGGCUGCUCUGGGCAGAUGCACAGGCAGAGACUGAAGUGAACAAAUGGAGACUGCUUUAGUGGAAAGCUGCUGAGCCCCACAGCUAUUGUUGUACUGCUGCACAAGAGUAGCAGCGAUUUGUAAAUGUGUGAUGUCUGGACUUGAGAUGUACAGACUGAAUGGGAAAUAUCUACAUGAUAUUUGUCAGUAUAUAAUAGAGUGGUGGGAGGAUGGUUAUAUUAGCAAACAGACUGUUCCAUCAGUGCAUCAAAGCUGCUGUUCUGUCUCAUGUGUUUCACUGCCAGUUUGAAGGUUAGAUCAAGAUGUACAACAUCCUUCCCUAUUCAGAUCUUUUUGGUAAUCACAGGGGAAUUUUCUAGAUUGACACAAGUGAGAAAUGUGUCUGCCUCUGCAAAUCUUUUUGAGCACUGCCUUGAUGUAUUUACUGCCAAUCUCAGUAGCAUCACAAAAGCAGUGAACAGAAGGUGCCUGUUGGAAAACAGUCCUUUGGACCUCAGGUUCAACUUAUAGCCAUUACCAGUGUGUAUGAUCCUGGAGUUGAUACCCCAUUGUUUUUGAACUUGUUUAUGUGAUGGAAACUCUGCCUCAGAGUAAUCACAUUUCUUUGUUAUUUCCAUUUAUUCACUUGAGAUUUUUGUGAAUGUAAUUUCCCCCCAAAGAUCAUUGUGAACAUUCUGUUUUUCAGAACAGAGACAUCUGGAUGCACGUCUGCCAUGUUAGGCUUUAAAUUUCAGCAGACAUAAAGUACCUCGUUACUCAUCUCUCAGCACAGCACCACUUCCUUCACGUGAGAGAUCUUUAGUACUUACUGCUUUUAAGGAGGAAGUGUUUCUUCCAAAGCUCAGGCAGGAUGUGAGGUUGUCUGCCUUCUCAGUUUCCUGUGUGACUGACCGCGGUGUCGCCUUGUUUUAGCACCACGUUCAGACACUGAAGCAAAGUUCACACUCCCCAGGAGGCAUCAAAGAACAGACUAAGGUGGGGGAGUGAUCUGAAUAUGCAUCACAUGCUUCUGUUCUAGAAGUCUGUAUGACAUUUUUGUUUUUGUCAGCCUGAGGUUUGACAAAACUAGCAACAUCCUCUCUUCCUGUAGUUCUUGAAGGUGGGACUACAAGCAGUUGUUUGGCUCAAGAUUUUAAGACAACACAUAUCUGCAGUUGCACCGCUGUUAGUCACACAUGUUUGCAGUGAAACGCAAGUGUUUAGGUGAGCAGAGAGACUGCAAAGGAAAACAAAACAAUGCAGUUUCCUUUUGAGUGGGGACAAGUGUCUCCUGAUACUGGGUAAUAUAUACAGUGUAUGUACACACACACUCUCACAUACACACAAGCUGUACAGUGAACUGGCUGAGUGUAUGGGCAGACAGCUCAAAUGAGUUGAAGGAGUGUCCCUGGAUCCCUUCACAGUUUGUUUUAUACCACCUCCGUGUCUGACUCACCAUUGCCAGUUCUGAUUGAAAGCAAAACAGUUCUGGGCUUGACUCCGCUUUCAUAAAACACCCUUACAUUAAAAGCAAGGUGAUGUCUAUCAUGAAAAAAGUACUUACUAACAGUGUGUGUCAGUCUUCCUGUCCUUAGUGACAAGUUGUGGGGACACAUUUGUGUCUGUUUCAGUGUAAAGGUUUUACUCUCAAACUUUAGUCCAAGCAGACAAACCCUUUGGCAUUCAAUGCAAUAUGUUUAGCAGUCCUGUGUAUUUCCAUAUACCCAGAGCACUUGCCUACUUUUGCGAAGUUAGAGGAGCUACAAUAAUUCACAUAAGUUUGAUAAAGUUGAUCUGGCCUGACGUUCCCUGUCAUUGUGAAAUGUUCUUGUGGUAAUUGAGGUGAUGUUGUAAAGGUUUGCACCAAACUUCUCAUAAUAGAGAAAGAGUUACCUCUGAACAGCAGGGAUUCUGUCAACAGUUCAGCAAGUGAAACAUAUCAAACAACUAAUUUUGAAAUCUGUUGAAGGAUACGUAGGAUACAGUCCUACACAGCUUUCCUGCCUCUUUUUGUCUGUAUUUUGCUUAUCUACCGUAUUUGUGCGUCAUAUAAGACCAUUGAACCAAAGAUGUGGUUGUUUUUCAAAAAUGAAUGAAUUCAUCCAAAAUGCUGUGGUGUACUGUAUGUUAAAUGUGAUAACUUUUUUGUCACCACACCUUUUCAACAUUUUUUAGGUUUGUACUAACACAGAAGCUUGAAACGAUACCAAAUACUGGCAGUAAAAACUUGACACUAAAAAAACAAACAUUGGCAGACUUGUUUAUUCAUCGCUCUCAUCUUAUUCCUUUGUGCCAAAAGUUAAUGAUGGCCUUUAUUCUCUAUUAAUCGGAGAUAUGAGACCAUUUUGUCAAUAUCUUAUGUUAAGUACAUCCUCAUGGUCAGCGAAGGGUCUUUAUUUUAUCAGGUGCUCUGAGUCCUGACUACUAAAUAGUUCUUGUAUCACUGUGUUUUUAGAAAAGACACUUAAUAAUAGAUGGAUUGUUUUUCUGUCAACAUGAGGGCUACACAAAAGCAAAGAAACUGUCAUGAAUUCUUCAAUAAACUUAACCUUGCCUUGUUUUCUGUCUA